GUGUUUAUGUUGUGUUUCUUUACGUGACGUGAUUGGUUGAAAGUUUUUAGAAGAAAGCUUGGCAACUGUACCAAGUUCUCACAAGGCUCUUCCUUUUUACAGGCUUUGAUGAUAGCCUAUUUUAGGCCUGUUGUUUUGUAAGAAAAUUGCAUCCAUGCAAGACCAUAUCACAUGUCAACAUGAUCAAUUCGAGACCGAACAUGCUGAAAAAGAGUUUGCCAGCAACGCGGACUGGCACAUUUUGAUAAAUGUGUUGUGUUGCCAUGACAACACAGACUACCACCAGCAGCUAUGACUCGUCCACCAUUCAAACCGUGGAUGAGCUAAGCCAAGAGGUUGCUACAUCAGUAUUGCUCGAGGAUGAGGAUUCGUCCAUCAUAACCUCAGCUUCAAAAGAGGGAGCAUCUCACCGACGUUACAGCAGUGACUUGUGGGAAACAGCAACCGACACAUCAACGUCGUCCCGUCAGUCAGCUCAGGAGCUUACAGAAACGAACCAUUCAACAGAUCGUGAUGAGUGGAGGAAGGGGAGGGGAGGGGCAAGGAGGGAGUCGGGGGAGGGGAGUCCCCAUGAGACGGGAGGAUCUUAUUACACAGCGGACUGGGAAUCAAAUCAGUCAUCAGAUUCCUGUGCAGAAGAGCCAAUGCUGUCUAAGGCAAGCGUGACCCAACGGCGGUUCGUUCGAAACAAACUUUGUCUCCUGAAGAAAUCGGGACACAAAGCAGGGUCGACGGCGACACAGGCCCCAGAAGCAACUCGCCCUGAGGCGGAGGAGAGAAGCUUGUUCUGUCAGAAGGUCAUUCAGAUGGUUCAACACAAGAACAGACAAGGUGGAGCAAGCACCAAGGCUCAGACAGGUGGUAUUGGGGAAAAGUCGAGGAGUUCAUCCAACGAUCAUUCUGGCAUCCUCAUCAACCGAGAGGUCAUCGACAGACUGAAGAUUGAAAACCUCCUCUCGACCAUGAAAAAGGCGGCGUCUAUUGCUACCACAAGUGGGACCGAUUCUUGUCAACAUUGCCAGGAAUCACAGACUGCAGCCUUGAGGAGAGACUUCAUCCGUCACAGAACCUCAAGACUGGGAAACGAGCUGACGGAGAGAAGACUGGAUUGGCUGCUAAGCACUCAGGAUCCACUGACUGCUGUUGGAGAUCUGGCAAGAGAGCUCCCAAAGCCAACCGAUGAUCCGCAAGAGUUAUGGGAUAGAAUGAUGGACCAUGGGAUAACAUAAUGCCAGGCAUGGUGGGCACUGGAGCCCAGCGGAUGAUUUCAAAGACGUGGGAUAGACUGAUGGACCAUGGGAUAACGUAACACCAGGCAUGUUGGCUACCAAAGCCCAGUGAUGAUCCAACAGAUAUGGGAUAGACUGAUGGACCAUGGGAUAACGUAACACCAGGCAUGGUGGCUACCAAAGCCCAGUGAUGAUCCAUCAGAUAUGGGAUAGACUGAUGGACCAUGGGAUAACGUAACACUGGGUAUGGUGGCUACCAAAGCCCAGUGAUGACCCAACAGAUGUGGAACAGACUGAUGGACCAUGGGAUAACAUAACAGCAGAUAUGAUGCUUACCAAUGUAUUUUGACAAUUUUUUUUCUCAUUUUUACUUACAAAAAAAUGACUCUCCGCAUAUUUCACUCCAAGUAGAAUACAUUUGACACACUCACAAAUAAUAACCAAACACAAAUGGUAAUUUAGUCCUAAUGAAACUGAAGGUCAAUUUAUUGACUCAGCUGCAGCAGUUUUUAACAAUGAACAUACACUAUGGAGACAAAAAGUUGCAAACCGUACAGUUAUCCUUCACCAACAUUUAAUGUUGAGUUCCGUAUACAUGUAUUUACAAGCCAAAGAAAAAAAAGUCAUUACCAUGUAUCUUCAAUUAAUAGGAAAAAAAAAUACAAUGUAUAAUAUGCACUGAAUUAGUUUUGUGAUCAUAUUAGCUAAAAUAUGAUUCCCCACCCCCAAAAAUAUCUACUUAAAAAAAGCAUGGGCUGUUAAGGAUAAAUAAAGUACAUGUAUUUUCAAAUGAAUUGAACUGAAUGCGAAAGAAUAGAGCACCAAAAUAACACAUUCAGCCAGUUUAGUUUGCGGUAGUCGUUGUAAUAGGUAAGAUCAAACUUUAAAUAUUACAGUGUUUCCAUGGCAACAAGUAAUUGUUUGCAUCCAUUUCGUCAGCACUUGAAGAACAAAACUGAAAUAUUGAGUCAUCUAAAAGGACCAAGUUCAAUCAAGGAACUAGUGGUUGGGUCGUGACGUACCUUGCACAUGCGCACUGAAGUUGAAGUGCAAACGACUCCAGUCCAACAAUUGUUCAACACUUGUUUCUAUUUACACAAAUUAAAGUGAUUGUGUAGUUUAGGACAUCUUACAUAAUCGCCAUUAUAAAUUUACAAUGGUUAACAAAAGUGACAGAAUCGUAACUUUGCUAUGGAAAUUGCUAUUAAUAACCAGCUAUAAAUUGUCAUUCCUCAACCGCGAUAGACUGGUCCUGAGUAGUGGACUAGACUAGUCCAACCGUCGUUGACUAGCGUACGUUCCAUUGAUCAGGGCUAGUCAAACUAUGGUUAACUAUGGUCUUGAUCGAACUUGCCCCGGGUGGACAAUAAAUUAUUU